CAGAAAGUGUACUAUAAAUUCUUCUUCUUUAAACAACUUCGUCUAGUGGAACGACGACGGCACAAAAGCUUCACCGGAGAUCAGAGACGCGAAAAUGGUGAACAUUCCAAAGACAAAGAACACUUACUGUAAGAACAAGGAAUGCAAAAAGCAUACUUUGCACAAGGUUACCCAAUACAAGAAGGGUAAAGACAGUCUUGCUGCUCAAGGAAAGCGUCGUUAUGACCGUAAACAAUCUGGUUAUGGUGGUCAGACUAAGCCUGUCUUCCACAAAAAGGCUAAGACCACGAAGAAGAUUGUUUUGAGGCUUCAGUGUCAAAGCUGCAAGCACUUUUCGCAGCGUCCUAUCAAGAGGUGCAAGCAUUUCGAGAUCGGUGGUGACAAGAAGGGAAAGGGAACAUCUCUGUUUUAAGUUGGUUUCAUCUUAUUUUCUGCGAUUUUUGUACUUGCUGGAUUUGGAAUCCAUUUGUUUUAGCUCUCUCGUAUAAGAUUGUCUCAUCUUUGCUUGUUAACUCUAUAUUUUGAAUCAUCAAGAUAUGGUUUUGCUGUUAAUCAUUGACCUUCGAUAUUUUUUUGCCAAUCCGUUCUCUCUACCAACCUAAGAAAAAAUCACUAAUAUCUCAC